AUGGACGGGUUGCUGGCCGCAUCCAAACUGUGGCUGGUGAAGCGUCACGAUUGGUUCACACCCAAACAAUCUCCUGUCAUGUUAGGCGCUGAUUCGCACGACAAGCCUCCUUUUGAGGAAAAGCCUUCGCCCCCCUGGCUGCUGGGAGCAAAACAAGCUCUUUGCUGUCGCUGCCUCGCUGGGGUACGUGCGUGGCUCCCUCCUACUGCUCAGGCUGGCUGGCUUGCUUGCUUGCUUGAUUUCCCACCCAUGUGCUGGACCGCGGUCACCACUCUGCCGACUAUCCAACCAGCCAUCGAAUCAUCGACUGGGAUAGCAUUCUGCGAUCGACGAGUGACCAACAUCCUUUUGGACUUUUUGGACUUUUUGGACUGUCUGGACGCUGUUCUUGACCCACAAUAUGCGGUUGCCAGCUCCCCUGGCCCAGGUGAAAAUGGCGCCAACUACAACCCAUGGGCGCGAGCAACACGAUCUAGAGAAUCCUCCUUCGAUGUCGAGAAAUCCAGGUUGCACCGGAAUCCCACCUCGCAAUCCGAGGCCCACGUCAAUUCCGCCAUCGCAGAGGAGCGAAAUCUGACAAGUGCGCAAGAUCAACGAGAUUUUCCAGCACCGCAUCACGCCGACACCGCACCUGCACAUGUUUCGAACAAGGAUGUUGAGGUAGCCAACGGAAACGUGGAGCAGCAUAAAAAAGGCUCGGCCGAUUUGAGCGAUAAGACCGCCGUGGACCAUUCGGGUGUUACCAAGCGUGGUAGAUUCAAAAAGCUGCUUCGUAAAGAUGACUCGGACGGUCCCUCACCUGCCACCGAUGAUGGCGAUUAUGAAAACGUGUCGCUCGAGGAGCGCAAGAAGCGUUCUCUUAAGAGGAAGAUCCCCGUCGGACAACAGAUUCACGCCGUCUUAAUUGCGCCUUGGAAGAUCAAUUGGCUGCUGAUCUUCGUACCAGUCGGCUUUGCCUUGUACUACACCAAGACGGGUGGUCCUUGGGCUAUCUUCUUCAUCAACUUCUUCGCCAUUAUCCCGUUGGCGGCUAUAUUGAGUUAUGCAACAGAAGAAUUGGCCCUGAGAGUCGGUGAAACACUUGGUGGACUCCUCAAUGCGACAUUCGGCAACGCUGUCGAGCUCAUCGUCUCCAUCCAGGCUCUGAUCAAGCAUGAAGUCACUAUCGUCAAGACGUCUCUUAUUGGGAGCAUGCUUUCCAAUCUUCUGCUCGUGUUGGGCAUGUCGUUCUUCUUGGGCGGAAUCAAUCGUCAGGAGCAGUUCUUCAACGUCACCGUUGCACAGACGGCUGCUUCGAUGCUUGCUUUGUGCAUUGCUUCCCUCAUCAUCCCGACAGUUUUCCACAACAUGCUAGCCGAAGACCACGGAUCUGCUGGCGAUGCUGUCAAGAAUAGCGAACUGUCACACGGCACUGCUGUUAUUCUACUUUUCGUCUACGGAUGCUACCUGUUCUUCCAGCUCAAGACCCACGUCACCAUGUAUAAUGAGCCUUCCCAGAAAGCUCCUAAAAACAAAUCUUCCAAGCUCGAAGAUGGUGCCGCAGCCAAGGGUAUCGCAGCGAUUGGAGCAGGUACCGCUGCAGCUGCGGGCGGUGGUGUCAACGCCAAAGGCAACAUCUUUCAGGACGGCAACGGAAAUGAUGAGGAAGAGGAAGACGACUUCGAGGAACCCAACCUUACCUGGAUCGGCGCAAUUGUCACUCUGACUAUCUCCACCACACUGGUCGCUUUCUGCUCCGAAUUCAUGGUCUCUAGUAUCGAAGGUAUCACCAGCACCGGCGCUAUAUCUACGACCUUCGUCGGUCUGAUUCUGCUUCCCAUCGUGGGCAAUGCUGCCGAGCACGCUACAGCUGUCACUGUCGCUAUCAAGGACAAGAUGGACCUUUCCAUCGGUGUCGCCGUGGGAUCGAGCAUGCAAAUCGCAUUGCUUGUGCUCCCCUUCAUCGUGGUUCUCGGAUGGAUCAUAGGAGAGGAGUGCAUGACACUGUACUUUGAUACGUUCCAGAUCGCCACCUUAUUCGUUUCGGUGCUCCUGGUCAACUACUUGAUUCAGGAUGGCAAGUCUCAUUGGUUGGAAGGCGUGCUCCUCAUGUCGUCCUACUUCAUCAUCGCCCUCGCUGCCUGGUUCUACCCCAACAUCGACGAGGAACAGUGUUAG